GACUCAGUGAUUUUGACAGAAGAAGCGUCUUGAUACUUGUCCUCUCAAAGCGGCGAUAAGCUCCGACUAUACUCAAGCAGCAGCACCUCACGUCGCUUCAAACAUCCCAUAUCGCCAAAGCCUCGAUCUCAGAAGCGACAGAGCAACAACCCAUUUGGGCCUCUGUUUCCAAGUUUACCAACUCUGAGUUGUACUUCUAAUAUUAUAGUGUCCGGGCAGAUUGAAGCGGAGUGUCGAUUUCCCCUCUACUGGUCUCACUUAGGUCCUUCCGGCCCCCGAUAGCUGGCGAAACAUCAUCAGAGUACAUAGCGAACGUAAGGGGUACUGAUAUCGGCCCGAUUGUGGAUGUAUCGCUGGAUACCUUGGCGGGCAGCAGUCAAAUUUCUCUGCCUGUCCCAAUACCCUGGUCUGUCAGCUGACCUGACCAGUUAUAAGUCCGAGAUCGACCCCCUAUUACACUCACUCACACGACAGCUCAUACUCCGAUCUCAUGGAGGGUUGAGGGCAGCUGAUCGUCUGAACCGAUGUUUCUCGAAAAUCAUCAGUGUGGGAAGAAGUUUUAUCUGAUUAGUCGAGCAUUAUGAAACUCCUGCUGAUCUGUAUUAGCUACCCAGCUGAGGAUGGAAGGUAUAGGCUAGUGAGUGAAGUUUGAGCCAUCUGAACGAGUCUUCCCUGUCAGUCAGAUUUGUAAAAAAAUAUGGUGUACCUCCUUCGAAAGUGCACGUUCUAAGGAACUCAAUUUUCAACUCAAAAGGUGUUAACGUGACAUAUGUAAAGUUUAUAAUGAGAAGCGACUCUCUUCUUGCAGUUUUGUCAAACCAGAACGAUCGCGGUUUUCCAUCUGAGAGUACCGUCUCUUGCAUUUGCAAUUCUCGAACUUUCAGCGCAAAUCUCUCGGUGCAAGUCCCCAACUAAUGUCCCGAUCUCGAGGUCACCUUUGAUUUUUUUCGCAAUCCGAGACUUCGAGUGAAUUAUGAGUGAAGAAUACACGGGGCUGUAUCUGAAUCAUGCCCAUCGACAGAGUCCAAGCUAUAUUCCAACUCUGCAGAAGCAAAGCCACAUCUCGUCCUUCUGACUAGAGCAGGAACAGACGAGGCAAUGCUGCAAGGAGCACGACAGUAUCUCGCUGAACAUCUGUCUGGCUCUUAUGCGAAGCUAUGGCACCUUUACUUUCCGACCCUUCGUUAUCUCUGGACGCUUGCACGCGUCCGGUGCGGACAAAAUCGGCAGCUGUGCUCGACCACCGUCACAAUGAGACCAAGCACGCGAUCGACGCUACGCAAUAGUGAGAGGGACGAAGCAUAUGUCCACGAAGCUCUCGUCCCGAUUUGCCGUUUUUGAAGUAGUGCGCGAUGCCGGGCAUUAAAAAUGCCACUGGAGGGAAUCGAUUGUCGAUUUCGAGGCUACUUGCCGACUCCCGGUCCGAUCCACGACGUGAAUGUGGCUGCCAUCUUUCACUUGGGGCUGAGAGGUAUCCGCUACCGUAACGCGCAUCUACGAAGCACUCGAACAUCCGCGACGUUCAGGCGAACGAACAGUCAGCGCCCGAUGAUGGCGAACCUGCUCAAUUGACGGAGUCGAGCGAGACUCAAGGUCCCCCGAAUGUGGCAAGCGAGUGAACAUUGGCCCGGGGCCUCCACGUGAAACAUCAAUUUCCAGAUGCUGAGAGUGCUCUUCUGGAGCGGCGGAGCGGACGAUCUUCGUAAUCAUUCCAGACGUGGUCGUGCUCGCUGACGAAGCAAGUCCUUCGCGUGCCCGGCUCGAGAAGCAGUCUUUAAGAAGCCCAGACGGAGAACUGUUUCGCGGUCGAAGGAGUGUGGAUGUCGAUUGACGCAUCGGCCGAAUUCGACGAUGAUGUUACAGCGACCACAAAUUCAGGCAAUCUAGAACUGGUGACGGCGAAUGUCCUUGGGAUCGCGGAGUCUUGGAGUAUCAUGCUCUCACUGCACGAGCCUCAUCCGCAACGUGGCUUUCAUUCCACGGACGAAUCGAGAGGCAGCAGCAGGUGCAGACAGACAGAGCUCUGGAGCGUGAACGUCGCAGGCCUCCGAUCCGAAGAUCGAAGAGCCAAUUUUGAGCGUCUUGGUUCAAUUUCGUUUUGAAAAGGACAUAAUUUGUGCGAUUGUCAAUUUGGAAGCGGAGAAUCCAUUGAGGAACCCACUGUCGAUGGGUCAAGCGAUGUACUGCGAGUGCGCUCUCUAGGUCCUGAGCGAUGGACACGCCAAUUGCUACACUGGACUGAAGAGCUGAAAUUGGAGCCCUGAUCCUUCGAAACUGUGUGAAUCCUACUCGUUCUUGUUUCCGAGAGCGAGAAGAAUCCACAUUUUUCCGUUCUCACGACUUCCUCACAGACGUGAACCCGAUUGUACUCUCAUGCCAAUGCAUAACCGAGCCCAAGCCCGAUGCAAUGCACGGGGAUACAAGAUUAAAGUCGGAAGAAUUAAACAUGUGGAAAUCAAAGAUCUACGAAAUGUACGAGCAGAUCUAGCAAAUUUUGGACUCGUUGGUACUCUCCUUGCUCGGAACGAUGCCCCAGGGGCAAUCUCCGGAACAUGUGUCGGUUGAAGGAGGAAUGCGCCACACCUCGUUUCCUGUUACCCUGCGCCACAGCGUAGAAUUCUCGCUGGACCUGUGCUCUUCAUCGCAUUCAGGUCUUCUACUUUUUGUACAGUGAUUUAGAGUCCGAUCCGCCGAAGGUACAUUAUAAAUUGCUUCACGUUCAUCGGAGGCCAUCAUGAAUUUUGGCAAGGCUCCGGGGCGCGGAUCUUGGUUCCCAGGAAUGCACGACUCGUGGAAACGAGCAGCUGACUUUAAAAUCGAUCUAAUAGCCAGGCGCAGAGGGCCGUCAUGGCUGGGCAAAACGCCCGAGGACUUCAUCCAAGCAGCGAAAGAGAGGCUGCUGGCCAGACAAGCGUCGUGGAUCGGCCAUAGAGAGAAGACGGAGGAGGAUUACGCGGCCGAGGCCAAGGCCAAGCUUCUGCAAGAGAAAUGGAUCAAGUACAAGCGGAGGAUGUCCGAGCGCAGGGAGUACAAUCCUCUGGGCCGAGGCACGCACCCCAAAACCGAGGAAGAGGUGGCCAAGGAGGCGAGGGACAAGACGCUGCAGGAAGGCUGGGUGGAAUGGAAGAGACGAGUGUCGACCAAACGAGAGUACAAUCAGCUGGGACGGUCGAGAACCAAGACUCCCGACGAGCUCGCGCAGGAGGCCAGGGAGCUCAAAAUGCACAAUGGAUGGGUCAAAUGGAAGAAGAGGCUGUCGGAGAAAAGGGAGUACAAUCAGCUGGGGAGAGCUCGAUCCAAGACGCAGGACGAGCUCGAGAGGGAGAGGAUCGCUUUGGGCCAGGAGAAAGGAUGGCUCGAACCGUAUAGAGGAAACUCGCUGAAGAAAGGAUGGGUCAGGAGGUACCGAGGAUCGCUGUGGAAUUUCAAUCUCGAGAAGAGUGCUGCGGCUUUGAAGAAGGUGGACGAGCUCCAGGAAGCGAAGAGGUUGAGGAAGCUGGAGCUCGACUGGGUCAGGAACAUCCGCAAGGUCCAGAUGCCCAGAGGCUUGGGCACGGAGGUCAAGCCCAAGACGGAGGCCGAGCUGGCCCUGGAGAAGACGGAGACCGAGCUGCAGAAUAUGUGGGAGGCUUUCACUUCCAAAACCAAGCGCAAGCUGACCAUGUUCGGAUUGGGGCCCCGGAGGUCUUUCACCAGCGAGGAGCUGGCCAAGAUGGCCAGAGACGAUGAGCUCGAGAAUGGAUGGAAGAGGACCUACCAGAGAGAAGAGGAGCCUACGCCGAGGCUGGUCUGGUUGCCCAGAAUCAAAACUCACGAGGAGCUGGAGUUGGAGAAGCUCCACACGGAGCUGGAGAAUGGAUGGCAGGACGACGUGAGGAUGCCCGAGGAGCCCACUCCCCCGCUGGUCUGGUUGCCCAAAAUCAAAACCAAGGAGGAGCUGAGAUGGGAGAAGAUCCACAAGAGACAGGAGAACACGUGGUACAAGAAGUAUAAAACCUACGAUGAGCUGCAGACUGAUUUCCCGACCGUCCAAGAUCUCGUGAUCCAAGAGCUGGAGAAGAUUUGGGCCUUGGAGGACAUGGAGUUCGAGGUUCGGGAGGCGCGGAGGCUUCUUAUGGUCCAGAUAGUAAAAGAGAAUCCUGAUCAGUACGAAAGUGCCCGGAUGUACUACAAUGACAAGGUCGAUAUUGACUUUGAGGAUUCGGACGACGAAGAGUAAAUUUGCCGAGCCCUGCAGGACAUGGGAAGUGUUUUGGACGGUGGGACGAGUGACUUAUCCUUUGACUUCAAGCUAAUAUUCCUGCCACAAAGUCGCAGAACCGUCCUGCCUCUUCGUUCUAAACACCAAGUGCUUCGCAUUUCUCUGGUUUGCAACUCGGAAUUUUAACUCAUGAUAUGAGGCAGCGAAGAUCUCUACCCAGUAGAGGGGGGGCAUGCAUCUAUGGUUUGCUUCAAAAGAGAAGUUGCCCAUCCAUUGUGGUCUUUUUACAUCACAACCAACAGAUUUCUCCUCGUUUGAUAACGAACUCCCGGAAUUAGUCAAAGAUUUUGUCCACCAGCCUUGUGCGAACAUACUUUCCUCAAAGCAAAAGUAUCAUCGGUUUUCGUCUGCGAACGUUCAAGUGAGACUUCUGUGUGUGCGAAAAAAGGCAUGUGAUUUUGAGGGAAAUGAUGGAAGAUGUUCCGGCGCUUGUUUUGAUUGAUUCGUUCCAGAUGUACAGGCAUCCAGAUUUUCGAGAAGCAGAACCCAAUGGACCUCAAGUAUUCGAUGUGCUAUGAGAGUCAAGGUUAACUUCUCUUUUCAUUCGGACUAUCAUCAUCUCCACGUCUGACAGAUAUCUUUUGAGUAGAGAUGGUUUGUAAGAUCGUAACUAAGCAGGGCACAUGCAAUCUUUAGUACUAGGACAAGCAGAAAGUUUCCUCUCCCCAUCGUUCCCGUUAAGUAUUCUCGUGAGUACAACUUUCCUGUACUGAAUUCGCGCGUUAAAACUUCGUAUGGACUUACAUUGGACAUGUGACAGUGGGGCAAAGGUAGCGGAUGCGUAUUAUUCGGUAGUGUUCAAGACAUCAGAUUAUCAUUUGAUCUAUCCGACCAUUCACUUCUGAGGGUGCUGGUCCGGAACUGGUCUUUCAGAUUGCAAAGGUAUUGUCCCUUAAUCUUCAAGCUCAAUAUCAACCCUUGGAAUUCUGUCACAUGUUUCGAAGGGUUCCUCCUGGUCAGAUGGUCAAAAUACCGCCAUCCUUGUUCGAAAGGAUAUUGCACCCACGGAGUCAAAUGUCCAGGGACCGGCACUUCGCGCCAACAGCCAUUACAAUUCGGUAUCGAUUACGCAGGAUCAGAGUUAAAUAUAGUCAAUCCUCAUGAUCAGCCGAAGCUGAUGCAUAGGACUGGGGCGACAAUUGAAACUCAUCACUUCCGGGUACUCAUGGAUUUAGGUACCUCUCAGUCACGUUGAAUAACAGAUGUUCGACAAACCCUGAAGUCUGUAAACUAAACAGAAAAGGUCGGUUAUUUCUCACAGAUUUGAUCGAACUUGAUCUUCAUCUCCACGUCUAUCAGAGAUCCUUUGUGACGUCUCUACUAGAUCUCCACUAGUCUCGUCUAACAGAGACAGAAUGUAAGAUUGCAAUGUAAGCAUGGCACAUGCAAUCUUUACUACUAGGACAUGUUCAAAGUUUCCCCUCCCCACCGUUUCCCGGCCGUGUGAGUGACUCUCGGCCCGUAAAGUAUUCUCGUGAAUACCACUUCAUGGUAAUAAAUUCGAGCAUUCCAAUAUCAUAUGGAUAUACAUUGGACAUGUUGACAGUGGCGGAUUUAGCGGAUGCGUAUUGCUCGGUAGUGUAAAAAACUGAAGGGGUGUAACAUCAAUAUUCAAUUGAUCUCUCUAGAUUCGGGGUCCGACAAUUCACUUUCGAGGGUGCUGGUCUGGGACUGGUCUUUUUAAAUGCAAAAGUACUGAUCUGUCGUCCCUGUGUACAACCCUACGUGUCGACCCUUGGAUUUCUGUCACAUGUUUCGAAGGGUUCCUCCUGGUCAGAUGGUCAAAAUAUCGCCAUCCUUAUUCCAUAGGUUAAGGGACCCACGGAGUCAAAUGUCCAGGGUCCGGCUCUUUGCGCAAACAGUCAUUACAAUUCGGUUUCGAUUACGCAGGAUCAGAGUAAAAUAUAGUCAAUCCUCAUGAUGAGCCGAAGCUGAUGCUUAGGACUGGGGCGACAAUUGAAACUCAUCACUUCCGGAUUCUCAUGGAUUUAGGUCAAUCUCAGUCGGGAUGGAUACUUUUGAUGGAGCGAGAUCAACAGACCCUAAAGUAUAUGACCUAGACGAAAAAAGCUUGGUGAAUUCUCUCAGACAAAUGCCUCGUUUAUGCAUCAGGGCAACUGGCAAGCCAGCUGCCUCGAUAGUAUCAAAGUCCAUUGCACGACUGAAAUAAAACAUUUCAGC